AUUACUUCCAACCUUGACAUUGGGGAUUCAAUUCCCCUAUUCUCAAUCUAUCUAGUUUGCUAAUCUUGUCGGGUUGACUUGUAUGAGAUUUCGAUUUGAUAGUGCAAUUCAUCUUAAAAAAAAAUUAAAAUCAAAAAAAAAAAAAAAAAAAUCCCAUUGAAAUUUUUGCUAUUGAACAAUUAUUAUUCCUAGAUUUUAUUUUCUUAAAAAAAAAACUCAAAAAAAUCAUAGCCAGAAUUUGCUUCCCCCACUUGGACAAACAGAUGAGUAAUAGCUCACUCUCUGUUCUCCAAACAAAGCUUUCUCCAUCAGUCAACACUCUCAAGCUCACCCUCAAUCUCACUCCUAAAUUUCCCCAUUUUUUUUUUAUCAGUGAACUCCAUCACUAUCAUAUAUUCAUAAUCAAGCAAAUUUUGAAAUUUAUUAUAUAUUAUUAAAAAUACAUAUUUAUAUCUAGUAUUAAAUCUUUAACAUUUAAUUUUAACUAAAUUAAUAAAAAAUGUCGCUGUAUUUAUCUCCUUUUCACUUCACCUCUCUCUCUUGUAAGUCAGAAUUUUCUUCACCCUCUAAAUUUCCCGGCGCCGCCGUAUUUUUCCGGCGAGAAAUAACCGGCGCUUCUACUGUUUCUCCGGUGAUUGAUUCCCGCCGCCGUUGUAAUUUGAAAGCUAGAGCACAACCUGGUAAUAAUGGGACAUUUGAAGCAAGUGAGUCUUCACUCGUCGUUUGCUUUGGAGAAAUGCUUAUUGAUUUUGUGCCCACAACAAAUGGGGUUUCCUUGGCUGAAGCACCUGCAUUUAAAAAGGCUGCCGGUGGUGCCCCUGCCAACGUUGCUGUUGGAAUAGCUCGUCUUGGAGGCAAAUCAGCAUUCAUUGGCAAGGUUGGUGAAGAUGAAUUUGGCUACAUGCUUGCUAAUAUUCUGAAGGAGAACAAUGUCAACAAUGAAGGAAUGCGUUUUGAUCCUGGUGCUCGAACUGCUUUAGCAUUCGUGACAUUGAGGAAAGAUGGGGAACGUGAAUUCAUGUUUUAUCGUAAUCCUAGUGCUGACAUGCUCCUUCAGGAAUCUGAGCUUGAUUUUGAGCUCAUCAGGAAGGCAAAAAUAUUUCAUUAUGGCUCAAUAAGCUUAAUCACAGAACCAUGCAAAUCAUCUCACAUUGCUGCUGCUAAAGCUGCAAAAGAUGCUGGUGUGCUACUCUCAUAUGAUCCCAACUUAAGGCUUCCAUUAUGGCCAUCUGCAGAGAGUGCUCGUGAUGGAAUCCUCAGCAUUUGGGAUACCGCUGACAUUAUCAAGAUAAGCGAGGAAGAAAUUUCCUUUUUAACUCAAGGAGAAGAUCCCUAUGAUGAUAAUGUUGUUCGUAAAUUAUACCAUCCAAACCUCAAACUACUGCUUGUGACCGAGGGAGCAGAUGGCUGCAGGUAUUACACCAAGGAUUACAGUGGGAAAGUUGGGGGUUUGAAGGUAGAUGCUGUAGACACCACAGGUGCUGGCGAUGCCUUUGUUGCUGGACUGCUAUCCCAACUAGCUGCUGACUCAAACUUGAUUCAGGUGGAGGAUCGAUUAAGAGAUGCACUUCAAUUUGCCAACGCAUGUGGUGCAUUGACUGUUACAGAGCGAGGUGCGAUUCCUGCUAUGCCAACUCGAGAAGCAGUGUUGAAUGUGAUGCUCAAAUCUGUAGCUUAAGCUUCCAUUGAACCAUGUAAUAUUGUUUUUUUGAAGUAUUGCUCUCCAAGAAUAUCUAGCCAUAAUGAUGUUUCAUAAUGCAUUUGCAAGGACGUCUUGGGUUAAAAUAAUAAACCUUGCAUGUCCUGUAUAUUAAUUGGUCGAGUGUUUGUAUGGUUGUCUCGACUCUUGCGAUUUAGUAUGUAAUUUAGAGAACGCCUCUUGUAGUAGAGAGAUUUUGCAGACAUUUUAGGAAGCUAAACAAUGUAAACCCCCUAUGAUACAUUGAAGAAAUUUUGUGCAGCUUGUGACUAAA